GCGCAUGCUUGACCCAUGCGCUUUCUCCCGUGUUCCGUCCCAGGUUCCCCCAACACUGGCAAAACAUUUCCCGCGCAGUUGGUUAAGCACCCGAGGUGGGGGCUGGCGCUCCUUGCCCAGCGCAUAAGGCAGAGUAGGCCCAGGAGGCGGAGCCGGGCCUCAACGGGGUUAACCAGUGCAUCAGGGGACAGCCGCACACAGGCGCCCGGACCUGUGACACACCCGGGCCUCCGUGCUCCCUCUGGCCUCCAUCUAAGUGCCCGCCGCGGGCAAGGGAGGUUGGAGUCCAUCGAAGGAAGGAUAGGCGAGGGGGGCGGAGCGGCGCGGAAAGCUGGGACUGAGGCCAGAGAUUAUCAAAGCAGGACGGGGGCCUGGGGCCGGGAGACCCCAGGUUGGAAGAUAGGGCCCAGGAGAGCCCAGCGUCAGGAAGAGCAGCACGGGAGGGGAUGCAGUACCGAGCCUUCCUCCUCCUCGCCCUCGUCACCUUGGUGGCUCUCACCUCAGCGGUGGCCAAAAAAAAAAGACAAAGUGAAGAAGGGCGGCCCCGCAAGUGAGUGCGCGGAGUGGACCUGGGGGCCCUGCACCCCCAGCAGCAAGGACUGCGGUGGGGGCUUCCGCGAGGGUGCCUGCGGGACCCAGACUCAGCGCAUCCGGUGUAAGGUGCCCUGCAACUGGAAAAAGGAGUUUGGAGCCGACUGCAAGUACAAGUUUGAGAGCUGGGGGGCCUGUGAUGGUGGCACCGGCACCAAAGUCCGCCAAGGCACCCUGAAGAAAGCGCGGUACAAUGCCCAGUGCCAGGAGACCAUCCGUGUGACCAAGCCGUGCACCCCCAAGACCAAAGCCAAGGCCAAAGCCAAGAAAGGGAAGGGGAAGGACUAGCAGCCAGGCCUGGUUGCCGAGGAGCCCCUGGCCCACACCUUCUCUCUCACAGGCUCAAGGUAGAGCCUGUCAGUGCCUUUUGUCGACUUGUUAGCUUUAUCAGUCAUGCCUGCUUCUUCCCUUCCACUCCCCCACCCACCCCCAAGUGCCCAUACUGGGGAGGAACAGGGAUUCUGGCCAGCUUGAUCCUCCUCCCCCAAAGAGAUUUGAUUCCCUACACCCACUUUUGUUCUUCCCCACAAUGAUGCCAUUUCUAAGAAACUAAUUUUAAAAACCAUUGUUUUUUUUUCCUCAAUAAAAGCUUUCCUUUUAAUGUAUAAAAGCCCCUUCCCAGGAA